AUGUUAGAAGAAAUGGAUGUGUUUGGGAUCUUUGACGGUCCACAGCCUCCACCGGCGGCACAUCUCACAGUUCAGCAGUACCGCACUCUUGUGCAGUAUUUUGGUCAAAAACUUGAAUUAGGUGAUGUUUCAUUUCUCUUUAAUUUACCAUUAUUGCAUAGUGAUAAUGAUAAUAAUGAUGAUGAAAGAGAUAGUGAUGAAUGUCAGGAAACUCAUGUAGAAAGAGAAGUAUUGAAUGGAAUCAAAAAGGAUAUGGGAAUUGUGGAUAAUAUCUCUGGAAAUCUUUCACCUCCUGUCUGUAUACACAUUGCCCGUGAAAAUGGACUGCAGGCAAUUCAGAAUCCAGAAUUACUUCCCACUAUAGUUAGUGAUGAGGUUGAUGAGAGUAUUGCACAUGUACCUCCUCAUGUUCAUUGUUUAUUUUGUAUGCAUGAAGGACAUGAGAAGAGAGAUGAUAAUAUCUCUCCUGUGUUGGUUAAAGAUUUACGACAUUCACUUCUUGCCCACUAUACACAGAAUAUGGAGAAGCGAGAUCACUAUUUAGCCCUCCUUGAAGAAGAAACAGAGACGUCUAUGGAUGAAAAAGAACGGGAAGUCUCUGCACAUAAUCAGAUGCAUGUAGAGAUGUUAGAAAGUAUGGCUGAACACGCUGGUCGGCAUACGUGUUUUGUUGUUUCUGCUGGUACUGCCGCUUCUCCUGUUGUGGUGGUUUACUGUGCGGCAUGUAAUCAGUUGGCACCAUUGGUGCGUUUUACUCCCUCAUCAGAAGCCGUUGUAAAAGACGAUAAAGAGAAGAAGGAUGAAAUGCAAGUAAAUAAAGUGGAGGAAAAGGAAGAAAAAGAAGAAGGAAUCAUGAUAAGUGUAGAGAGUGUUGAACUUAUUAUGGCACGUAUUCUAUUAGCAUGUGAUUUACUAUUAUCACUUAAACGUGAGCGAGAGCAGGUGGGGUGUAGUGUAAUUCCUCGUAUUCAAGAGGAAUCAUAUAUUUUUCUCCCAACACCAUUUCUAUUUGGUGAAGAAGAAGAGGCCUUAACAGAAAUAUUUGAAAGUGGUUCCAUUCUCACCCAUAGCUCUGUCGUUCUUCCAUUAGCAACUGUAACAGGAACACCUGAAGCUCCACGAUUGUCUUUAUUGGACCCAUCAUUAUUAUCCACAUCAACAACAAAUAAUAAUAAUAAUAAUAAUACAAUAGGAAUGGAAUCUAUUCUUGGAGAUUUACCACCGUAUUACUUUUCCAAUGCUGUUGUGGGAUUUGUGAUGCGAUGGUCAAGUGAGGCAGAGACAAGGGCGAAGGUAGAGUGGGUAUUACAACAAGAUACCAAUCUGAGUCUGCAACGACGGCUUGUGUUUGUAGAAGAUACAGAUGAGUGGAUUAUUGCGUACGUCUUUCAUCACCGUGAUGUCUCACCUGUAGAGGGAACUCGUGAGAGAAAUGAUCCUUAUAAUAGUAUUCGAUUACGUGAAAAUUGCUCUAUUGUGAAAAUGGUACCAUUGACACUCCUACAGCAGUAUAAACAUGGGGAAACUUUUACGAAUGAACAUAAAAUUAAUAAUAGUACGAAUAAUAAUACUGAGGUGAUGGAUAUGGUGGGAGAAUGUCCAUACAGUAUGGAAUCUAGAACGAUCAAUUAUUUUGCAAGUAUGAUGGCACUUGCUAAAGCCAUGGGAAUUGUUGCAGAUCAUUUUAAAAGAAAUAUAAAUGGUUCACAAAAUGAAUAG